AUGCUGCCCCCUGAAGGCACUGCACCCCAACAAAUGUCCCCGGCUCGUUCGUCCGAGUACAACCGCCUCGCCGUCAGGUCUGCCGUGGUUCUCAACGAGGCCGUCAGCCUCGACGACCUCAACCAGGACGCCGCGAACGGCGCCCCCCUCAUCGGCCUCCACAACCAGGACGCCGUCAACGAUGUCCGGCUCAUCGGUGACCUCUACCAGGACGCCGUCAACGGUGUCCAGCUCAUCGGUGACCUCAACCAGGACGCCGUCAACGCUGUCCAGCUCAUCGGUGACCUCAACCAGGUCGCCGUCAACCUUGCCCAGCUCGUCGGCGCCCUCAACCAGGACGCCGUCAACGGUGCCCUCCUUGACCUCAACCGAGCCGCCAACAACGACACCCGCAUCGUCAGUACGCCGAAGCACGACGGCCUCUUCGUCGGCGACCUCAACCAGGACGCCGUCGACGCCGCCCUCUUCCGCCUCACCGCCAACCAGGCAGCCGGCAGCACCGACGAGGACGCCCGCAGCGACGAGCACUUCGCCGGUGACAAGUGCGCGCCCGCCGAGGCCGUGUCCGAGGCCGUGUCCGAGGCCACGCCCAAGGCGGUGUCGGAGGCCACGCCCGAGGCCGUGUCGGAGGCCACGCCCGAGGCCGUGUCGGAGGCCACGCCCGAGGCCGUGUCGGAGGCCACGCCGAAGGCCGUCCCCGAGGCCGUGCCGGAGUACCGGUCCGGCGACCCCACAGCCCUCCGCGGCGACAUCUUCCAGCGCAGCAAGCUGGAGCCGGCGGAGACGCCCAGCCCCGGCGUCGUCACGGCGGCCGUCACUUCCAGCGCCCUUCCGGCCACCCCGUCGACGCCGGCCCCCACCAUGACCCUGCUGAACCUCGCCGAGAACCUCAUCAGCGGCUUCGCCGUCAUGGUGCUGCAGUCCCAGGUGCACGUGGACGAGCCCGGCGCCGUGGAGCAGAAGGACGAGAAGGCCCAGAACCAGCUGGAGGACAUCUUCUUCAAGCCCGAGCCCAUGCAGUUCGCCACGCCCAACAACACCGUGGUGGUGGCGCAGCGUGGCACCACCGCCUACCUGCCGUGCGUCAUCAAGAACAUCGCCGACGGACUGGUGACGUGGCUUCGGCGCCGGGACCACCACCUCCUGACGGUGGCUCGGGGCGGCUACGCCCAGGACGACCGCUUCCAGGUGGUUCACGACCAGCACCCGGAGGACUGGACAAUGCAGCUCAAGUUCGUGACGGACCGGGACGCUGGCCGCUACGAGUGCCAAGUGUCCACACACCCUCCCGUCAGCAAUUUCAUCCACCUCAGGGUGGUCGAGGCGCGGUGCGUGAUCGAGGGUCCCGCAGAGAAGUUCGUCCGGUCCGGGUCGCAGCUGCGGCUCUCGUGCCACAUCGAGCAGGGCACCACGGAGCCCGAGUACAUGUUCUGGUUCAAGGACGGCGUCAUGGUCAACUACGACCACCAGAACAUCUACCAGGUGACGGUGGACCUGCCGAACAACACGACGGUGCUGGUGGUGGAGCGCGCGACGCGCGCCCAGUCCGGGAACUACACGUGCGAGGCGGCGCAGGCCAAGUCCGCCAGCAACUACGUGCACGUCAUCAGCGGUGAAAACCCCGCGGCGAUGCAGACCGGAGGAGUUCGCCUCGCCGCCCAGCCGCUGUGGUUGACCGUGCUGGUGCUGGUGGCGGGGGCUCGCCUGGCCGGCUUGGCCCUGGGCUGAACGCUCAGCGUCGUCUCCCAAACGGCCGCCGCCAGCCCCGCGUCCC